AUGUCAACCAGGAGUCAAAUAAAACAAUUAAGUAGCGCAUCUGUUAUUCCGUCUGAGUAUUGCCGAUACAUAUGCGCUCUUGCCAGUACCAAUAAACUAUCCAUAAUUUGCGCUCUAGAAGGCCAGAGCACCAUUCGAACCAUCACUCUAAGUGAGAGCAUUGCGGGCCGCGUCAAGGCUCUUCGAUGGUCAAAACCACCCGGGCCCUUAAUUGCCGAGCCCGAUGCAUUUACACCGGAUAGCCAGCGCAUUCUCUGCGCCAGCGGACACCGUAUUUCCGUCUGGGACCUGCAUGAUGAGAACUGGUCUGCACAAAUCGAAGCUGGCGACGCGCUCCAUUUCACACAUGUGGAUUUUGCAGCAACGCAUGAUGAAGUGAUCGCCUUUUCGGAAUUCAACGCCCACCUAACCGUAUUCUCUUUAGCGACGGGUGGGCAGAAUGUGAUAAAGUCACCCAAAUUUUCCAAUGCGGCUGGUUAUGGCUUUCGUCCGGUGACAGGCCACCUUGCGCUGCUACUGAAACUUGAUGCGAAUGACACAUUAACUAUCCAUGAGCCGGAAACCUAUGAAGUUAUCACCACCGUGACUCUUAACACGGUUGAUGCUCAGGGCUUAAAAUGGAGCCCGAAUGGUGCGUGGCUUGCUGUCUGGGACUCUGCGAGCAUGGUGCCGAGGGUAGAGAUAUACACGGCCGAUGGGCAGCAUUAUAGGACCUAUAGUGAGGGAACCAACGAUUUAAAUCUAGGAGUUAAAACGAUAGAAUGGAGCCCAGAUUCACAACUUAUGGCUGUUGGGAAACACGAUGGAACUGUUGCUCUGCUGAACUGCAAGACAUUUUCUUUGCUUUCAGUUCUCAAUGACCCUCUCUCAUUCGGGUCAAUAGGCCGCGACAUCUACGUGGAGCAACAGUCCAGCGUCACGAACGGGACUGAAUAUGUCCUCGCCCCCAAAUCAACUGUUUUCCCGUAUACCUUCAGCAACGCCAGUGGUGGGGCCCGCGCAGUAUCCUCCCUCACGUUCAACCAAACCGGUGAUAUGUUAGCAACAAUAGACCAUAGCCUCCCACAUAUCGUGUGGAUGUGGUCAAUGAAAAAUAGCCAAACCCCGAGACUGAUUGGCGGGUUGAUACAAAAAUCCAGCAUCCGACAAUUACUCUGGUGUCCCAAAUUCCCGCAGCUUCUGAUGACCAUCAACGAAGAUGAUAUACCCACAGCGCACCAAUGGAUAUGCAAUCAUCGACCAAGGAUCGCUCGAAUCCCUCUUGCGGAUGGGGGGAAGUACUCCGCCUCUUGGGUCAGGGCGGAUACUGACCAGAGUGGUUUAAUCUGGUAUGGAUGGCAGACUGGGUACACGUUUGGUUAUGUCACCGGCAACGGCACGGAGACUAGCUUUACUCAGGUUCUAAAUGUUGAAGACGAGCAUCCCGCUUUGACUAUGGAUGACUUCCCCGUUACAGGAGCAUGA